UCAUUAUUCCUCGCCUCGGAUAAAACCUGUUCGUCAUAAAUGUACGACAGUAAAGAUAUUUGAGAAAAUAGCGUUAUGUUGGUGUGUAAAACAUAGUAAUAAAUUACAUUCAGUGGCAUCUUAACAUUUUAUCAUCUUUGAACCUGCAUCAGAACUAUAACAGCGGCUCCAGUUAAUAGGAUCACUGUCCGGUGUUUUGUGAGUCCAGCGGCAUGAAUCAUGGGUAUGGUAAUAGACGUGGUCGGAGAGGAGGGAGUCGGAGGUUCGGAGAUGGAGGUUCCAGGUGGGAUGGAGGGGCUGGAUCCAGCGGAGGUGGAGGAUACACGAGGAGCUCCGACUGGGACUCAAGGGAAAAGCAGGGACAUGGAGUAGAAGGAGCUGGAGGUGGAGGUGGAAGAGGAAGAGGCAAACAUCCACCCCAUUUGAAGGGUCGAGAAAUAGGACUGUGGUAUGCCAAAUGGGGUGGAAUCAAAAGAUCCGAGGCUGAGAGGACAUCUAGGGCUGUUGUUCAGAUGGAUGAACAGCGAGAGCAGCACAUUACUCAGCUGCUGAACUCUGUCCAGAGAGAUGCAGGCAGAGAUGCGGACCCCUCUACAUCUCAGAGCUGGAGGGUGAAGCAGGAGCCCAGUGGCCACAGUUACUUUGAUGGAGAUGAUCCACCAGAACCUCAGAACAUUGUAAAAGUGCCAAAAAUUGAGCCUAAAGAGGAGAAACAGGAGAAUAAGGAUGAGUCAGGAGCAAGUGUGAAAGAAGAACUUAAUGAGACUGACUUGGAGUACUUAUUCCAAGAUGUUGGGCGGAUACCCUCCCUGGAUGAGGAGCUCAAGAAAGAUCAGAAGAAGAAAAACGAUAAUGCUAGAUACCUUGAUAUGCUGAAAUUCAGAGAGAAGCUGCCUUCCUAUGGAAUGAGAGAGGAGCUGGUUAGGCUGAUCAGUUCUAAUCAGGUACUGGUAAUCAGUGGAGAGACUGGCUGUGGGAAGACCACCCAGGUUACUCAAUUCAUCCUUGAUGACUUCAUUGAGAAGGGCAUGGGCUCUCUCUGCAGGGUGGUUUGCACACAGCCAAGGCGUAUCAGCGCCAUAUCUGUUGCAGAGAGAGUGGCUGCAGAAAGGGCAGAGUCUGUUGGAGAGGGGAAUUCCUGUGGGUAUCAGAUCCGUCUGCAGAGUCGGUUACCACGGAAACAAGGCUCAGUGUUGUAUUGUACUACAGGCAUUAUUCUUCAGUGGCUCCGCUCAGAUCCAUAUCUUUCAAGCAUAAGUCAUCUGGUCCUGGAUGAAAUUCAUGAGAGGAGUCUUCAGUCUGAUGUUCUUCUCACCAUCGUGAAGGACCUGUUAACUGCUCGAGAAGACCUAAAAGUAAUCCUCAUGAGUGCCACGCUUAAUGCUGAGAAAUUCAGCAAAUAUUUCAAUAAUUGUUCCAUGAUCCAUAUUCCUGGAUACACAUACCCAGUGAAAGAGUACUUACUGGAGGAUGUGGUGGAAUUGCUUAGGUUCAAGCCACAACAUCAGGACCGCAGACCUCGCUAUAGGAGAGGAUUUAUGCACGGCCAGAAUGUACGGCCAGAGAAAGAACAGAAGGAGGAUGAAUACCACGAGAGCUGGCCCUGCUUCGCCCGCACACUCAGAGACCGGUACUCAGACAGCACCAUUGAUGCGCUGGAGAUGAUGGAUGAUGAUGACAAGAUCAAUCUGGAGCUUAUCGUAGCAUUGAUCAGACACAUCGUGAUGAAAGAGGAUCAUGGAGCGAUUCUAGUGUUUCUUCCUGGAUGGGACAACAUCAGCACCCUGAAUGAUAUUCUCAUGGCUGACCAGAUGUUUAAGUCAGAUCGGUUUAUCAUCAUCCCCCUCCACUCUUUGAUGCCCACAGUGUCUCAGACUCAGGUGUUCAAAAAGCCACCCCCAGGAAUGCGUAAGAUUGUUAUCGCUACCAACAUAGCAGAAACCAGUAUCACAAUAGAUGAUGUCGUGUAUGUGAUAGAUGGAGGGAAGAUUAAAGAAACUCAUUUUGACACCCAGAACAACAUCAGGACCAUGACAGCAGAGUGGGUGAGCUUAGCCAAUGCCAAACAGAGGAAAGGCCGUGCUGGCAGAGUGUCUCCUGGGAAAUGCUAUCACCUGUAUAAUGGAUUGAGGGCCAGCCUCCUGGAUAACUACCAGUUACCUGAGAUCCAACGCACUCCACUGGAAGAGCUUUGCUUGCAAAUAAAGAUACUGAAGUUGGGACCCAUUGCAUCUUUCCUGCGAAAAACCAUGGACCCCCCCUCAGACAAAGCAAUAGAGCUGGCCAUCACACACCUGGUGGACCUGAAUGCUCUAAACCGGAAUGAAGAAUUAACUCCAUUAGGAUUUCAUCUUGCCCGAAUGCCUGUGGAGCCUCACAUAGGAAAAAUGAUUCUGUUCGGGGCUCUUCUGGGCUGUUUGGACCCUGUUCUUACUAUUGCGGCCAGCCUUAGCUUUAAAGAUCCCUUCUUCAUACCGCUGGGAAAGGAGAAAUUUGCAGACCGGAGGAGGAAAAUGCUCUCCCAAAACUCUAGAAGUGAUCAUCUCACUAUUGUCAAUGCAUUUUGGGGCUGGGAGGAUGCUAAGAAACAGGGCAGCAGAUUUGAGAAGGAAUACUGCUGGGAAAACUUCCUUUCUGCCAACACCCUACAGAUGCUUCAUAAUAUGAAGGGUCAGUUUGCGGAGCAUCUUUUGGCAGCUGGCUUUGUGAAUAGUAAGGACCCUAAAGAUCCCAGCUCUAACAUAAAUUCAGAGAAUGAGAAGCUGAUUAAGGCUGUGAUCGUGGCAGGUUUGUAUCCUAAAGUGGCCAAGAUUCGCCCCAACCAUAGUAAGAAGAGACCAAUGCCAGUGAAGGUGUACACUAAGGCUGAUGGGAAAGUGUGUAUACACCCUAAAUCUGUCAAUGCAGAGGAAACUCAGUUCCACUACACAUGGCUCAUUUAUCACCUGAAGAUGAAGACAACUAGUAUCUUCCUCUACGACUGCACCGAAGUGUCUCCAUUUUCAUUGUUGUUUUUUGGAGGGGAUGUUUCCAUCCAGAAGGACCAGGACCAAGAGACAAUCGCUGUAGACGUGUGGAUCAUAUUUCAGUCCCCAGCACGCAUUGCUCACCUUGUCAAGGACCUGAGGAAGGAGCUUGACGUGUUACUAGAGGAGAAGAUAAAAAGUCCACAUCCUGUGGUCUGGAGUGACCGGGGUUCUAAAGAUUGUGCUGUUCUUUCUGCUAUAAUUGACCUCAUCACAACAGAAGAAACCCCUGCUGGAGCCCGCCAGUGAGCACCAACCAAUAGGGGCUUAUUUAUUUGAAUGACAUUCAACUGUCAUAUACAGAAAUGUGAUAUGCUUUCACAGCUCUGUGAACACAAGCACCAGAGAGUACAGAGAAACAGUAUUAUUGAGUAAAUACCUACAUCAUUAGAAAUAAGAAACAUAUUUUUGUUCAUUUCUUUUUUAUUAUUAUUAUUUUAGCAUUGGCUUGAGUUAUUGUAAGCUUUUCUUUACAGUAAUUAAAUUUGACAUGAUGCAAUCGA